AUGCAGGGCAAGUUGGACUUCGAGACUGUUAUAAAAAGUCUGGAUUACCUCGAGCAAGUAACCAAGGAGACAUUGCGGCUCUACCCACCGGGUCUUACCUUCGUGACGAGACAAGCCAAGGAUGACUUCGCCUACAAGGGCACACAGUUCAAGGCCGGGACGUGCUUCAUGGUGCCGUUAUACCAGAUCCAGAGGGACCCACGCUUCUGGCCUGAACCUCUGCAGUUCAACCCUGGCAGGUUUGCCCCCGAAAACGAAGCUGAGCUGAUAAAGGAGGCGUAUAUGCCUUUCGGCGUGGGGCCGCGAAACUGCGUCGGCAAAAGCAUGGCCAUGCUAAAGCUGAAACUGGCGAUGGCAAAGCUGCUGCUCAUGUACCGCCUGGAGCUCGGCCCUUCGCAAAUGGAUGAAAUGGAGAUAAAUUCACGUGCGAUGGUGUCGACACCUGCGAAUGGCCCGUGGAUCAUCAUACGUCACCUCAAUAAGCGUCUAUAGAAACAUCUGGGAUUGAACAUUUUCCA